AGAUAAGUAUUGAAAAUAUACGUUAAGAAUAUUUAAUUAUAAAGCAAGUAAUUAAUUAAGCUAAAACAACGCAAAUUAAAGAUCAAGGAGGCCAAUUAACAUGAAAGAGGGCAAUGUUGUGGUGUAUGUAGUUGUGGGUUUCCUUGGGUUGGCAGCUGCUGCUCUUGCUUUUGCUGCUGAGGCCACAAAAAUUAAGAUAUCCGAUAUUACUGUAACGGAACCUGGUAAAUGCGAAUACCCGAACAAUCCAGCUGACAUACUUGGAUACGUAGCAGCGUCGCUUACACUAAUCAAUCAGAUUAUAGUUAGUAUCGUAGGCCGUUGUACUUGUUGGCAAAGAAAUGGUUCCAAGACUUCCAAUACUCAACACCCUGCAGUACCCUUUUUCAUUAUAUCCUGGGUUGGUUCUAUUAUAGGGAUUGGUCUUUUAUUAUAUGGUGCUAAUCUCAGCACUCGUCAAGAGUUUCUGGCAUCAAAAGGGGUUUGCUAUGCCUUAAAAUCUGGUGUAUUUGCUGCUGGUGGCGUAAUGACAACUGUUGCCUGUAUCUUAGGUAUAUUCUCAGCAAACCGCCAUUCGACACCACGAGAGGUUCCGUAUCAAGGUGGCCUUACCUGAUCAAAUUCUCAGUUUGCUUUUUACUUGAACGCCAAGCAACCAAAAUAUGCACUGGAUUUUAAUUGAAUUGUAAAAGUACCCGUUUCAAAUGAAUAUAUGUGAUUAAAUCCAAUAUUACCAAA